ACUACUAAACUAUGCAUUGCGUGUAAAGAAACUAACUCGAGUUGAGUUAGUCAACGAAUAAAAUACAGUAUCAAAGUAAAGUUAACGUUAGUACUAAAUAAAUAUCUUCCUAUAUUUCUAUUACCAAACACCAAAUUAAAACAAAAACGAACGUCGACGAUGAUGAUGUCUUCAUCAGGUGGUGGUGCAUUCAGGCUUCGUUGGGAUGUGUUUUUAAGUUUCAGAGGAGAAGAUACACGUCACUGUUUCACAAAAAAACUGUACGAAUCUCUUCACCGUGAAGGAAUUCGUGCUUUCAUGGACGACGAGGGUUUGGAUCGUGGUGAUCACAUACAAACAAGUUUGCUUCAAGCCAUUGAUGACUCUGCUGCUUCCAUUGUUAUUAUUUCUCCUAACUAUGCUGAUUCUCAUUGGUGUCUUGAUGAACUCGCCAGGAUUUGUGAUUCUGGGAGGCUUGUUAUUCCUGUUUUCUAUAAGGUUGAUCCUUCUCAUGUUAGGAAACAGUUGGGUCCUUUUAAAAAUGGUUUUGAUUAUCUUGAAGACAGAUUUCAAGAUCAGAAAGAUAAGGUUUUCAAGUGGAGAGAUUCUAUGCUUAAACUUGGUGGAUUUGCUGGCUUCGUUGUAAAAACUACUAAUAGUGAUGAUGGCGAACAUAAGAAUCUGAUACGGCGAUUGGUACAAAGGGUUUUGAAGGAGUUAAGUAAUACUCCAAUGGUUGUGUCUGAGUUUGCAGUGGGGAUCAACAAACGUGUUGACAAGGUGAUGGAUUUAUUACAAGUUCGAUCCAACGGUGUCAAGGUUUUGGGGUUGUAUGGGAUGGGUGGUGUUGGUAAGACAACCCUAGCCAAGGCUCUUUUCAAUAGUCUCGUUGGUCGUUUCGAGCGUAGAUGCUUCAUUUCCAAUGUGAGACAAUUUUCUUCUAAAGAAGAUGGUUUGGUUUCUCUUCAAAGCAAUGUCAUUAAAGAUCUUUCUUCUGAAGAAGGUGCUCGGAGUUUUACCGGUGAUGUCAAUGCUGGUAUAUCUGUUAUCAAAAGAAUAGUUCGUGAAAAUCGAGUUCUGCUAGUGUUGGAUGAUGUUGAUAAUGUAAAUCAGCUUGAUGCUUUGAUUGGUAAAAGGGAGUGGUUUUAUGAAGGAAGCUGCAUAAUAAUUACAGCAAGGGAUACAACUGUUUUGCCUGAAAAACAUGUCAAUAAGUUGUAUGAAGUUACAGAAUUGGAUACCGAAGAAGCUCUGGAGUUAUUCAGUCACCAUGCACUAAGGAAAAAGGAACCUCCACAAAAUUUUUUGGAUUUUUCAAAUAAAAUUGUGUCUCUUACAGGAAGAAUGCCAUUGGCUUUGGAAGUUUUUGGUUGCUUGCUGUUUGGUAAGAGGAAGGUGGAGGAAUGGGAGGAUGCUGUUGAGAAGCUGAAAACAAUUCGGCCUGGGAGUCUUCAUGAUGUGUUGAAGAUAAGUUAUGAUGGGUUGGAUGAACAAGAAAAGUGUAUAUUCCUUGAUAUUGCUUGUUUCUUUGUUCAAAUGGGAACGAAGCGCGAUGAUGUGAUUGAUAUAUUUAGAGGUUGUGGUUUUAGUGGAGAGAUAGCUAUGACAACCCUUGUAGAGAAAUGCUUAAUCAAAAUAAGACAGGACGACAAUACUUUGUGGAUGCAUGAUCAGAUUAGAGAUAUGGGAAGACAGAUUGUUCUUAAUGAAAACCAUGUCGAUCCUGGGAUGCGUAGUAGAUUGUGGGAUCGUGCUGAAAUCAUGUCUGUUUUGAAGAGUAAGAAGGGAACAAGAUGCGUACAAGGAAUUGUACUGGACUUUAAGGAAGGACCGAGUUAUCCUCAUCAACAUCAAGCAGAGAAAUAUAACAAAGUUAUACUUGAUACAAAAUCCUUUGAACCAAUGGUUAGCUUGAGAUUGCUUCAGAUCAAUAAUUUGAGUUUGGAAGGCAAGUUUCUUCCAGAUGAACUGAAGUGGCUUCAAUGGCGAGGAUGUCCUUUAGAAGGCAUACCUUUGGAUACUUUGCCACGUGAACUGGCUGUCCUCGAUCUCUCAAAUGGCUGGAAAAUUAAAAGCUUGCCGGGAUUGGAAAGACACAAGGUACCAGAGAACCUAAUGGUUAUGAACCUCUCCGACUGCUACCAACUUGCAGCAAUCCCUGAUUUAUCUUGGUGUCUCAGGCUAGAGAAAAUUAAUUUGGAGAGCUGCAUUAAUCUAAAAAGGAUUCAUGAAUCAAUUGGCAGUUUAACUACCUUGCGUAAUUUGAAUUUGACGCGUUGUGAAAAGCUUAUUGAACUUCCUAGCGAUGUCUCUGGACUGAAACAUUUGGAGAGCCUCCUUCUUUCUAGGUGCUACAAGUUGAAAGCAUUACCAGAAAACAUAGGCAUUCUUAAAUCUCUGAAAACACUUUUUGCGGAUGACACUGCUAUAGUAGAGUUGCCAGAGUCCACUUUCCGCCUGACCAAACUCGAACGACUUGUUUUGAAUCGUUGCUCGUAUUUGAUAAGACUACCAAACGACAUUGGAAAACUAUGUUCUUUGCAAGAAUUAUCUCUUAAUGAAUCAGGUUUACAAGAAUUACCCAACACUGUUGGAUCCUUGAAAAAUCUUGAGAAAUUAAGUUUGAUUUUGUGUAAAUCUCUCACUCGAAUGCCUGAUUCUAUAGGAAAUCUUGAAUCGUUGACAGAACUUUUGGCUUACAACAGUGGAAUUAAAGAACUUCCUUCCACCAUUGGUUCUUUAUCCUAUCUGAGGACGUUAUCGGUCGGAAAGUGUGAACUUCUCAGUAAAUUGCCCUACUCAUUUAAAACUAUGGCCUCAAUUACUGAACUUGAUUUAGAUGGAACCUCUAUCAGAUAUCUUCCAGAUGAAAUUGGAGAAAUGAAACAACUGAGGAAACUUGAGAUUGGGAAUUGUAGUAAUCUUGAAUCAUUACCAGAAUCCAUUGGCCACCUAGCAUCUCUUACUACAUUGAACAUAAUCAAUGGAAAUAUAAGAGAAUUGCCAGCGUCGAUUGGAUUACUAGACAAUCUUGUUAACUUAACAUUGAACAAAUGUAGAAUGCUUAAACAGCUUCCAGCUUCUAUAGGAAACUUGAAAUCUCUUUGUCACUUAAAGAUGGAGGAAACAGCUAUGAAAGACUUGCCUGAAAGUUUCGGUAUGCUCUCAAGCUUGAGAACACUGAGAAUGGCAAAGAGGCCUCAUUUAGUUCCCAUAUCAGUGGAGAACACUGGCUCUUUUGUGCUACCAUCUUCUUUUUGUAAUCUGACCUUGCUAUAUGAGUUGGAUGCUCGUGCCUGGAGACUAUCUGGGAAAGUUCCAGAUGAUUUUGAGAAGCUAUCCUUAUUAGAGACUUUAAAUUUGGGCCAAAACAAUUUUCACAGCCUUCCUUCCAGUUUGGAAGGUCUUUCUUUUCUCAAGAAGCUCUCACUGCCAAAUUGCACAGAGCUGAUUUCUCUCCCUUCACUUCCUUCAAGCUUAAUCGAGCUAAACGCUGAUAAUUGUUAUGCCUUAGAAACUAUACAUGACAUGUCAAAUUUAGAGAGUUUGGAGGAGCUGAAACUCACAAAUUGUGACAAAGUGGUAGAUAUUCCAGGUCUUGAAUGCUUGAAGUCCUUGAAAAGAUUGUACUUGAGUGGUUGCAAUGCAUGCUCCUCUAAAGUAUGCAAAAGACUUUCAAAGGUUGCACUGAGAAAUUUUCAGAACUUGAGCAUGCCAGGAACCAAGUUACCUGAAUGGUUUUCAGCAGGAACUGUAAGCUUUUCGAAGCGCAAAAAUCUCGAUUUAACAAGUGUAGUUGUAGGUGCUAUUGUUUCAAUUAACCACAACAUUGACAUGCCUAUAAAGAGAGAAGAAAUGCCUUGUAUCAUUGAUGUUGAAGCAAAUGUUUUCAAACUCGGGAAACGAAUAUUUAAUAGAACUUUAAACAUACAUGGGAUGCCAAGGACAAAUGUAGAUCACAUACACUUGUGUAGGUUCCAGAAUUACGAUCAACUGGUAGCCUUUUUAAAAGAUGCCGAUACAUUUUGUGUGACCACGAGAAGUCCUCCUUUUGAUAAAGGAUUGAAGUUGAAGAAAUGCGGAGUUCAUUUAAUCUUUGAAGGGGAUGAUGAUUAUGAGGGAGAAGAAGAAUCGUUAGACAUACGCCUACAAUCUGUCUCGGAAAGGCUGACCAGGUUUUUUAACACUUGUGAUGAAGGUGUUGAUGAUACUGAGAGUGAAGAUGAUCGGUGUCAACAUGAAUUGGAGCAAGAAAAAGAAGAGACUGGAACUAGAUUACUUGGUUUAAAUUUUAAAGGUAGUUCCAUUAUUUCCUUCCUGCUUAGUCUAUUCUUUGUGCUGUUGGGUUGGUUUUGGUUUAAGUUUAUGUCUAGUGCUGUAAAAAGAGAUUGACUUGUACAAGCACCAAAAUAGCUUUGAUUAAAACAACAUUCCCCUUGAUAA